AUGGAUCAAAAGGCCCAGAAAUCUUCUCUUCGGAAAGAUUCUGAUAAGUCAGAAAAACGUACUAAGAGUAUAAGAAGUUUGAAAACAAUCUCCCGUCUGGAUUCCAAAGAAGAACAUUUUAAGCCAAAAGAGGAGCGGAAGUCAAUUGCAAAAACAGAAAUCUCUAAAACAGAUGAGGCGUCCGAUGUUUUGGAUGGUAAUGCUCAUAGAAAAAGGACAAUAUCUAAAGAUAUUGAUGAUUUAACUGAUCAUCGGCUUUCAAGGCUAAGACACUCAAGAAUGGAUAUCGAACGGCAAAGUACAGCAUCGAGGAAGAAAGGUGGGCCAAAAUCAGUAGCAGCACACAGUGCCGCCUCUAUAAUAUCUUCAGGUUCCGCUGUAUCCCUUGAUCUGGAUGUGGUAACGCUGAUGGUGCCGGAGACAGCUCAGAAAAUUGCUCACUGUCAGAUCGGCAAGGACUUGUUUGUGGAUAAAACUUGGUGCAUGGUGAAAAAGAAGGAUUUGUUGGAGGAUAUUGCCAUUGAAGACGCUAAUUCUCCGUUCUUUCACUUGACCCAGAAACUCUUGGAGUACAAGUCAGAUGAACUCCUGAUAGGCUAUGAGCCGUUUGCGUCCGAGCCGAACCAAUUCAUGCUCUGCGUGACGGAGACUGGUCGAGACGAGGUGUUGGCUAAACUGGAGGAGAUGAAGACAUCCUACCUUCAGCGUAUCCAACAGAGCAAGGAAGUAAAGCCUAGAAAGUGGAACUCCCUUGGUAGUGAAGAGUUUGUUGAUCAUUUCCAGAUCAAAAACACAAGAAAGCUGAUUAGUCUGGAAUGGAUUGGCGACAUCAGAAAACGUAUAGAAAAGCCUCCGAUAUUUGAAGACUGUGACCCGGACGACAUGAAGAAUGGAUACACCUGCCUGGUGCCCUCUGAUAAAGAGAAGUUUGAGCUUGUCUAUAGGAAAACUCAGGAAACUGGAGUUCAGGCUGUGGCAUAUCAAGCAGAAGCAGAGGUACAGACAGAGCCAGAAAUUCCGACCAACGCCAGCACUCAGUAUGCACCAGAAACUGAAAUAUCACUACCGGACACGGCAGUUACUCAGGCCUCCAUCAAGUCUCAGGACUUGGACGAGUUCUUCAAAAAGUAUAAGGACUAUUUGAUAGAAUGCCUCGAGUACAACGAGGUGUACGACUUGUACCAUGACGACUACCCAGCGCUGUACGUGGCCGGAGAGCAGACACAGGUACAACAACUCGGCACGUACCAUCAGUACCAGAGCUUCACGGAUGUGGCUGCCAUACAGGGGAAACUGGUCGUGAGCAGCUGUUGGCAUCCGAACUACACAGGGAUUGUGGCGAUUGCUUAUGCCAAUGAGAUACCUUGCCUCAUGAAGGAGUUGGAGUUUGACAGCGACCAGACUGACUACGAGGAGGAGAAGACUGACGGGGAAGAGGAGGGGGGAGAAGAACCGGAGUUGGGAGCCGGUGCACGUGAUUGGCUCCUGGAGGAACGGAGGGAGAAAGAGAGCACAGGAGAAAACACGGAACUGUUUGAAAAAGCUGUCCGGAGACUUAAGGAUAUUGAGGCAGCAAAGGGUGUUUGGGAUGCCAAAAUUCAAGAGGAGACUGAGGAAGUUCGGAAAUCUAUGGACGAUACGCAAGAAACAGAUUUGUUUGCCAAUUUGCUAAAAUACAGAGAAUACAAGGAACCUGAACCAGAGCCUGACGAUAGUGCAACUUCACGGAAGUCGGUCGAGCAUGGUGAGGGUGAGAAGGGGGAAGGGGGAGAAGGAGAAGAAGGUAACGAGGGUGGAGAAGAAGAAGAUACACAGCAAGUGUCCGAAGAGGAAGUGUCACCGAAGUCUAGUAGGAUGACAUUUCGACAGCAACUAGAGGCUGAUAUUGAGGAAAGCUACGAGGGACAACACGUUACCUCAGAAGUUUCUUCAGCAUCUGGCGCGAAUGAUUUCUUCAUCCCAGCAAGUGAGAGCUCGACAACGAGAACAAACGCGGCUCACGCGACAGUAGCGUCACGGCAACCUUCUCUUCCUUUGAGGACAUCAAGAAACACUAUAGGGUCUAUAUCUUCUACCCGUAAACAAGCGCAUCAUCGCAAGAAACAGAGACAGCACACUGCCACAGGCAGGACCCAUUCUGGGAGAGAAAUAGAAAGCUCAACUCCUAAAUCUUCUGUGGAUUCUUCAUCCAUGGAAUCAAAAAUAUUGGAGACAGGUAAAGAGAAAGAUCCCUACCCAGAUUCGGAGUUCUUUGAUGAAGUUACUGAUGAAGAAGAGAUAAAAGAGAAACAGGAUGAACUUCCUCUUCUUGAGGUUAACAAUCCUGUCUUGAUUUGGAGCUUUGUGGAUGACCUGACUCCAAAGCUACGUCUGGACAGUCCAUACGAAGUGAGAGUCGUAUCCUUCAGCAAACACAACGGGAACCUGAUUGCCGGAGGGACGUCCAGUGGUCAAGUAGUCCUGUGGGAUAUAACGGGACGCAUCGAGGAGCUGGAGAAACCCGAGAGUCUGACACAGAACCAGCAAAUGUUCCGGAAGAGGAUGGAAGACUUGAUGAGUUGGAGACGAGAUGUGCGUUCCAAGAGAAGAGUUCGUUUCACAGCCAUCAGCAGUCAAAAGGAUUCCCACUUGGAGAAGAUUUCCGACCUAGCUUGGGUCACCCCCACCACUGUGGUGACAGAUAAUUUGGAAAUUUUAAAGAACCCAUCCACCGACUCCCUGCAAUUAAUUACCUGCAGCGUUUUCGGCAACUUGCACGUUUGGGACCUGAAAACCGAGCCUGGAAAAGGAGACCAUAGGAAAGUGCCGCAGAUUUUCAAAACGAAAGAAAGGUUCGGCCGUCCAGCCUCAUUGGACAUGGGUUUGUCCCCGUAUUACAAACUGAACCGUUUUUGGAAACCAAUAUGUAAAAUGACAAUAAUGUACAAGAGCAUGCCAGUGCUGCUAACAGGGUUCAACCAAGCUGCGGCGGCACUUCCAGGGAAAUACGUCAGAGUUACACCUAGACAGCCGGGCGUUAAGGAAAUGCUUGAGGACCGGAUAGAAUAUAAAGCAGUUUACCCGGAGGUGGACGAUAUUCCUCAUGCAAUGUAUGUGUGCAACUUGUUUGGGCAAGCAGGCACUGUUGUGUGGGAACCGACACAGGCUAAAACACCUGAAAAUAUGGAGAGUGUCAUGAAUGUGUACCACUACUGGGAUUCCUACCACGACAGACCCAUCACUCGACUGUCUAAGCAUCCAUUCAUUCCUUCAGUGUGCCUGACAGUCGGAGGACAUGUGUUUGCCAUCUGGCAUAUCGAGAAUAAGGAAGAACCGAUAUUGGUGAAGCGAUAUUAUGACGUUUACAUCACAGACGGAUCAUGGUCAUCACUCAGACCAUCCCUGAUGAGGAUCGCGCGGAGUGACGGAGUUGUAGAGAUUUGGGACUUGAUCAUACAGAAUCACGCUCCUGCGACCACCAUCGUAGUCUCUGGCCGGGUGAUCACAAACAUUUCACCACCCCUACUGCCUGAAGUAAGAGGUCUGCUAGGAGUGGCUGACUAUAACUCUGCUUUCUGUCUCUUCUACAUCCCUCAACAGUUCAGAAUGUGGACAGAAAAUGAGCUCGAUAGACUCACAAAAUUCAUCAGCCGUGAACCCGAGAGGAGAGAGAAAAUGAAGGAAUGGUCAAAGUGGUGGAGGGAAAACAACGUGAACUUGGAUCGAGAAGAGAGAAAACAGGCUGAGGAGCAAAAGAAACUUGACGAAGAAGUGAGACUUGAAAAGGAGAAACAGGAAGAGGCUAGAAAGAAAUACAAUGAAGAAGUCUACAAGUGGUAUAUGAGGAGAAGAGGAAAAGCGUUCAUGAGAGUUGAAGAGGCCGAUGACAAAUGGAGAGAGAAACAAGAAGAACAUAUGCAUGAGAUGGUAAUGGCCAAAAAGAAGAUCGACCGAGCUGAAAUGGAGCUUCUUAUGAGACCUAUUGUUCGAGAGGAGAAGAACGAAGCUCUGAAACACGCGAAGGCUCAAGAGAGGCUUAAGCAGGCUGACACAAUAUUUAAACAAACCGUUGAACUUAUCUUUCCUAAGGCUUCCAAGGUUAUCGAAGUUAAAUCUGAAGAACAAGAUACGCUUAGUGAUCAGGUGUCGAAACUUGUGGAUUACUAUUUUGGGGACAAUUUUGAUCAGCUAGCGGCAGAACAAGCGGAAUUCGUAGAAAGAAGCCCUUGGCAGUUUGAGUUUGAAUGGUCGGAACUGCUGGAGAAGUACAACGCAUUGAGGAUGCUCUUUAACGAUAGACGUCGUAAAAGAAGUAAAACUUUGAGAUGGUUGAGGAAAAAGCUUAGAGAAGAACUGUUGAAAGAAGGAAGGAAAGUUCACGUCAGAAAAAGCCACAUGGCUCGAUAUCCCAAGAGGAAAAUCAGAAGGAGACAAGAAAACUUGGCGUGGCUGCAACAUACUUACGGGGACGACUAUAACAUCUACUGGGACAAACACAUACCCUGUAGAAGAUUUAUGGAUCGCAAGUUCCGGUUGGCUUCGGUGGACGACAUCGAUGGUUCAUUCUUGGGAGAACUUUCAGAGCCUGACGUUGAGGAUGAAGAGUUGCCUCAAAUCUUUGAGGAAGGCAAGGUCUUGAGCAGUUUAGAAAUGAUAACUGAAAUCGGCAUUGAAAAUAUUCCAGAAGAAACUUUUGCUGCGGAUUUGGACACCGCUUUGUUGACUUUGGAGAGCCGAUCUUCGUUGGGAGUGAAGACUAUACCUUCGCUGCUUUCAAAAUCUAGAAAAUCACAAGAAUCGUUAGGAGCUGAGAUGUCUUCGGCUGUGACUGCUGAAAAAGAUGCUGAACACCUAACAGUACCUGGCAUGCAGUCACCGCAAGAAGAUUCUGAUUUCAGUGGAGAAUUUGAAGAUCUUGAUGAAACCUCUUCACUUGUCGAUAAUCUACAGCAAGAGUUAGACUACAUACGACAGCCGAAGAAGACAAACACGGUCAAGGAAAAGAGAACGUACACUACUCAAAAACAAGGCGUUUCUCAGGGAGUGAAAGUCAGGUUCGAGGAAUCUUCUUCAGAAGAUUUGCUUGCUGACUCAGUUGACGGUGACAGUGAAGUUGAAAGGAUAGUAAGUGCAGCAGAGGUUAUGGUUGAAGAGGAAGAGAAAGAUCAAGUGGAAGAUGACGAUAAUGAAGAGUUGAGUACAGACAUUGAAAAACCUGAUGAAGAGAUUUGAAGUUAAACUGUGUGGCAAUGAAGGUGGAGAGUAAUAAUAUAGUUUGCACUUAUUUUGUUAAUGAUUAGUUUUGUUUGUUUUUUCAAUAA